AGUGAUAUAUUUCGGGUGCAGGCCUGGGGUUUCUUUAGUUCAAUUGUCAUUGACAUCUUCUGGGUUUCAUGUUUUGGGAUAGCAGAUAUUUAUGGAUUUGGAGUUAUUAUAACAGAAAUAACAAGCUGUAAAAGACCUUUUGAUGGAUGUAAUUUUAAUACUAAACUUGCAUCAGAUAUUUUCGGAACAUCUAAAUGUUAUGUAGAAUUGGCAAAGAAAUAUAUGGAUUCAGUCUUUGCUUCAGAUACUUUACAAUCUUUGGCCAAUAAAAUAUGCAGAUAUUGA